AUGACGCAAGGCGAUGGGAGUAUUAGGGAAGAAGGGAUUAGGGAUUCGGAGCAUUUUUCACCUUACAGGGCUGAUGGGAAACUUUACGGCUUCGUGUGCGUAGUAACAGGCGCAACGCAACCUGUAGGCAAAGCCAUAGUCGCUGAAUUAGCUGCCCACGGCGCAGCCUGCAUCUACGCCUGCUCAACCCUCCCCUCGGAUCCGUACUCCCUCCCCGACACCACCAGCAUCCAGUACCCGAACACGAAAAUCAUAAGCUACCCCUAUAACAUGGCCUCGGAAGAAGACACCCUCGCCCUCAUCGAUGACGUGCUAAACACCUGGGGCCGCCUCGAUGUCUGGACCUCAUCAACCGGGCUCUUGGGUCCCCCUUCCAUCACGCAAACAGGACCGAAGGAUUUGUAUGCGGCUUUCGACACGAAUGCGCUCCCUGCGUUUUUCGCACUCAAGUAUGCGCCCGCGGCGAUGCAGAAAACGAUACCGAAAGGCAACUACGCGAAUGCUGCACCGAAAGAUGUCGCGUACGGCUCUAUCAUCGUGGUGACGAGCGUGGCGGGGACGUAUGGGGGCUGCUGGGCCCCUGCGUUUACGAUGGCGUCGCAUGCGGCGUUGGGAGUGGUACGGUCCGGUGUGCUUGUAUUAAAAGGGACCGGAGUGCGGAUCAAUGCAGUGGCCGCCGGCCAGAUUGAUGUGGGCGUUGAUUUGAAAGAAUGUGGUGUGAAGGAGAUGGCUCAGGGACAGUUUCCGCCAGCGAGUCUGCAAGGGGGUGAGAGUCAGAAGAGGACGAUUGGGUUGGAGAGGGCGGGGAGGCCCGAGGAGGUGGGGAGAACGGUGGGGUUUCUGGCGAGUGGGUUUAGUAGUUAUAUCACUGGGGCGGAGUUGAGGGUUGAUGGGGGUGCGGGGGUUAUGAAUCCUAUUACCGUGCCUGUCUAG